AUGAUGAACUCCAUAACCUCUUCAAACAUUCUACUAACUCUUUACUUGGCCCUUAUUGCUCAGGCGUCAAUCGUGGUAAAGAGAGCUGACUCCUCUUCGACAAGUUCUGCCUCUUCGACAAGUUCUUCCCCUGCUACGAUUUCUAAGCCCGCUUCUGCCAAUUUGACUACCGAAAACCAAGCUUUAGCUCCUUUCCAAGAUGGCGUGUUUGAAUUCUUCGGAUGGACCAAUCCCACUUUCCCACAGUACCACAAUUCCUGUAACAUCACUAACCAGCGUAUGAUUAAUGGUGCCCUUAUUGAUACUCUUGAAGUCUCUUCGUUUGCCAGAGAUAGGUUGUUGGCAAACGGAACCUCUGAUGAAAUUUACAAAAGAUGGUUCGGUGAUGCGCCAUUAUUUACUGUUGCAGGGGUGAUUGAAAAUACUAUUCAAGGUGUCAAAGAUGAUCUAUUAUUCAGAUGUGAUGACCCCCAAGGUGGAUGUGCUGCCAACCCAACUUCAUGGUGGGGUUACCAUGUCCUAAAUACUACCGGUGAAACUAACUUCUGUGAUUUGUUCUACAGCGGCAAGAAACCACUCACUCACAUUUGUUUCGAAGGAACUAUUGUCGAAGUUGGACCAACUUUGUAUGCUGGUAUUGAUUUGUUCCAUCGUUACUUCCAUCUUGACCAAAUGAGCUCUGAAGGUUACAUUGGAGAAUAUACCGAAGAAUUGGACGACAUUUUGGCUCUUGCUCAGAACAACGCGACAUACGCUGUCAGAAAUGUGGACAACUACUUAUACUACUUAGCAGAUGUAUACGCAGAGGCAGUUAUUCCAGGUGGAUGUUUGGGCGACCUUUCUGAAAAUUAA